AUGCACACCGUUCAGCACUUGCUCCGGAAAGGCGCAGAUGUCAGUGCUAAGUGGGCGCAGGCGGGUGCAGAAAGAGCAGUAGAGCUCGGCGCGAUUGGCCUGGCCAGAGCGUACAAGCAAGACCAGAUAGCACAGGUCAUGGAGAGGUUCGGGGCCAACGACCUCAGUUGCUUGCCUCAAGAGCAAGUGCAGGCUCUCCCGGCGGCAAGGUCGGCUGAUGAAGAGUAUAGCGUACCUAAAGUGGAGGAGAUCACUGUCAUACCUCUCGGAGACACGGAUCGGAAUGAUGACUCCGAGAAGGAUGGGGAUGGUCAGGAUGGCAGUGACGAUAAGGAUGACAGUGGCAGCGAGAUGGACCAGGACGAGAGCCGCUCACGACAGAAAUCCACCACCAGUGUCCCCAGUAUCAAGGAGGGGCAACUGAGCAACGGCGCAUUGCGUGGACUGGGCAUCCACGAGAGCAUGGAUGAGACGCCAACGGAUGGACCAAUCGCCAGUCCACAACUCAGUGCGAUCGCAGCCACAGCAGACUUCGCCAGCCCCGACGGCAGCCUUCGUAAUAGCACAAUCGCAGGCGCUUGGCUUGGUAACCAUGCCACUGUGCGGACCAGUGCGCAAGCUGACAUUUCGACUGUGGACCCAGUCAUGGGCACAGAGCCCGCCGUCGAGAGUAGUGCACUGGAUAUCCAACACAACAUGGUAGAGAAGCCUCCUCUCGACAUGGACUCAACUGGCCGGACUGAUGUCAAGAUUGUUGACACCACAGAGCACCCUGCCAUCGACGUUGGCAGCGUCCAGCCAACGCAACACCGUUCAAACCUCGGCCACCUGGAGCACACCGCAGACUCGUCUGGCUCAAGCGACCUUGAGACGAUGGACGUCGCAGCGCAGCCAAACAGCCAGGACACCGUCUACGCAGCAAAAGACCAGCCGACUUCAUCCACAUCAGACCUUGGGAGUUUGAAAGAGACUGCAGGCUCCAGCGGGAAACAGUGCCCGUCUGAUGCUGUGCAAUCACCGCAAAAACAGUCAACAGACUCCACCGAGCGACGUUCUAGCAGCAUCUCCCAAAUGCUCAGUGGUCGAUUCGGCCGCUUCGUCACACCCACCCCGCGGACCAACAGCGCAACGAGCAAAGACCCAGUCGACUCGACGGAGAGAGGCGGUCCCGCACCCGAUCACAAAGCGGAUCAGUUCACACGCUUCAAGCGUGUCCUCAGCUGGAAGAGUGACGGUAUCGCUGAGAAUAAGAUGACAACUUCGCCGCCCAUUGCAGAAGUCGAUGACCCUUUGGACUCGCAGAUGGGAGUGGCCCCUUAUACUGCGGUGGAUACGACUGUGAACACUGGUACGGAUGGCGUUGCAAGCCCUGACAGCCAGACAUCGUUGCCCAGCAGUCCAGCACCAGACCGUACUCCCAAGCUUGGCUUGUUUGGAAUGAAACGGGGCUUUGCUCGGAAGCCUUCGCAGGGAGAGAAAGCAGGGUAG